UAGGAACAUCCCAGAAAUUGUGUCAAGAAAUAUGUAUUCCCGGUCGUAUCGCUCUGUUUCCAAUAAAAACAAAACAAAACUGUAUAGAAUUUGGCGUUUUCAUUGAAAUUCCUUACUCCGAACCAAAGCUCACUCAGAUGAAAAUGGAAGCUUCAAUUACCGCAGUGGAACAAACAAUCGGUUACACUUUCAGAAACAAGAAGCUUCUAGAAGAAGCUCUAACCCACGCUUCAUUUCCAGAAGCCAUUUCAUACGAUCGUCUCGAGUUCGUCGGCGACGCUGUUUUAGGUCUCGCUAUAAGCAACCAUCUCUUUCUCACUUACACAUCCGUUGACCAAGGUCAACUCUCUCUUCUUCGUGCUGCUAAUGUCAGUACCGAGAAACUCGCUCGUGCUGCUGUUCGUUAUGGUCUCCAUCGGUUUGUUCGUCACAAUACGGUUUCGAUUGUUGAUAUGAUUAGAGAAUUUGCUGAUGCGGUUCAGCGUGAGGAUGAUUGUUCUGAUGUGUUGUAUGGUGGAUCGGUUAAAGCUCCUAAGAUUCUUGCUGAUAUUGUUGAAUCUAUUGCUGCUGCUGUUUAUGUUGAUGUUGAUUUUGAUCUAAAAAAAUUAUGGGUGAUAAUAAGAGGUCUUUUGGAGCCGAUAGUGACACUGGAUGAUCUGGAACAAAGACCGCAACCUGUGACAAUGCUUUUUGAGAUAUGCCAAAAGAAUGGGAAAAAGGUUGAUAUAAGACAAUGGAGGAAUGGUGCCAAAAGCACUGCCAAUGUCUAUGUUGAUGAAGAGUUGGUUGCAUCUGCUUCCUCUGAUCAAAAGGAUAUUGCAAGGCUUGAGGUUGCCAAGAUUGCUUUGCAUAAACUAGAACAAAUACUGCCUGCCACUAUGAUGUCUGACUCUUAUGACGGCCUUGAUUGUACCUUUGAGAUUGAAGCAGCCAAGCAAAAGUUAUAUGCAAUUUGUGGGAUGAAAAAGUGGCCUAAACCAGAAUACAGCAUUGAGAGAGACGAAGGUACUCCUCAGAACAAGAUAUUUGUCACCUCUGUUUUGAUAGCCACUCCAGUUGGUAGACUCAAAAUGUUAGGGGAUGAAAAGUCUCGGCUGAAGGAUGCACAGAACUCUGCAGCUUCCUUGAUGAUUCGGGCCUUACAACAAGGCAAAGCAACCUACAAAAUCAGGGACAAAUCUGAGGGUUUGCUCAUAGAAAUUGGCGAGAGAAUAACCAUACAUACCACCCAUAAUUUUUUUUAGGUCAAAAUCAACAUCAACAUAAACAGCAGCAGCAAUAGAUUCAACAAUAUCAGCAAGAAUCUUAGGAGCUUUAACCGAUCCACCAUACAACACAACAGAACAAUCAUCGUCUCGCUGAACCGCAUCAACAAACUCUCUAAUCUUAUCAACUAUCGAAAGCGUGUUGUGAUGGAGACCAUGACGAACAGCGGCACGACUGAGUUUCUCGGUGCUGACAUAGGCAGCACGAACGAGAGAGUUGAUCGGGGUCAACAAAGGUGUAAGCGAGGAAGAGGUCGUUGCUGAUAGCGAGACCUAAAACAGCGUCGCCGGCGAAUUCGAGACAUUCGUAGGAAACAGCUUUAGGGUCUGAAGUGUGGGUUAGGGCUUCUUCUAGAAGCUUCUUGUUUCUGAAGGUGUAACCGAUUAUUUGCUCCACUGCGGCAAGUGAAGCUUCCAUCUUCAUCUGGCUGAGGUUUUGUUCGGGUUCAUGAAUUUCAGUAAGCACAAAUAACAGCGAAAGCCAAAUUCAAUACUGUUUUGUUUUUGUUUAUUUUUGGGAGAUAUAAGUUUGAAAAAUUGAUUUUAAGUGAAUAGAUUUUGUAACAUUGAUUGUGAUUAAAAUUGAGUCGAAGAUAAAGUGAUUUAUAUUUGGAUA